AUGUUGUUUCAGGUGGGAGGACAAGGGACACGUCCCACGUUCUUCGAGAUGUCCGCUGCUCAGCAGCUCCCGUCAAGCCUACGUGCCGCCCUCACUUACUCAUUUGGUGUAUUGGCGUUGAGAAGACCCUUCAUUCAUAAAAUCUUAGACUAUGAAGAUGAAUUCUUCGCAUUGCUUAUGCUAGUUCUGGAAACUCAUAGUUUACGUACUACUGAUGCUUCUUUUGCGGAAUCAUUAUAUGGCCUACGCAGAAGAGGAGUUAGGUUAAGACUGAAGAAGAAUUCUAAACUUACAGACUUUGGUGAUGAAAUUCAUCACACUGGGUUAGAGAAGCGCCAAAAAGUUCUCUCAGUUGUAUUUCUGGUCAUUUUGCCAUAUAUGAAGUCAAAACUGCAGUCUAUCUACAAUAAGGAAAGGGAAGCUACACUUCAGGCAAGUUUAUGGGGAGUUAGUGAUGAAAGAUUAGAUGAUGCUGACUACCUUGAUGGAGGCGGAAAUUCCUAUGGGUCGAGAAGCAAUUCAGAUGUUGAAGCAUCAAGUAGAACCCGUUUGAUCAAGAGAUUGCAGAAGGCUAUAGGUGCUUGCUACCCUUGGAUACAUGCUGGAAAUGAAGGACUUUCAUUUGCUUAUCAGCUGUUAUAUUUGUUGGAUGCUACUGGGUUCUACUGCGUAGGAUUACAUGCACUUGGUAUUCAUGUUUGUCGAGCUACAGGACAGGAGCUGAUGGAUACUUCUUCCAGAAUUUCUAAGAUAAGAAACCGUGAGCGUGAGAGACUUUGCGGGCCCCCUUGGCUAAAGGCUAUACAAGGUGGAUUGCUCAGCUGUGCAUAUGCAGUUCUUGACUAUGCUCAGACAGGUCUAAUUGCUGCAGUGUUUUUCUUUAAAAUGAUGGAGUGGUGGUACCAAUCUGCAGAAGAAAGAAUGUCUGCUCCGACUGUCUAUCCCCCACCACCUCCUCCUCCACCCCCAGAGGUUGCAAAGGAAGGAAUUCCACUGCCACCUGAUAGAACAUUAUGCCCUUUGUGCUCUCAAAAGCGUGCAAAUCCAUCAGUAAUGGCUGUUUCAGGAUUUGUUUUUUGCUAUACUUGUAUAUUUAAGUACGUCAAUCAGUACAAGCGUUGCCCGGUUACGUUAAUGCCUGCAACAGUGGACCAAAUCCGGAGGCUUUUUCACGAUAUGUAA